AUGGCUGAAAAGAUGCCCUGCACAGCUGUCUCGCACGCUGUCGUGGCCGCAGUGUCCAAGACCGACGAGACAAUCCUCCGGCUAAACACGCUCUUGUCUUCAAAAGCCGGCCUGGACCUCGUGCUCUCCGCCCUAAACCACAGCUCGCAUGCAUUGCAUUACCUCCUGGCCUCUUCUCCGCUGUCCAGCCUGCGACUCGCCAUUCGCCUGUGGCUGCUGCGGAGACUCGGCCGGGACGUUCCUCCACCCGCUGCCUUAUCACCAUCAUCAUCAUCAGCGCAGCCACCGUUACUAGCAUUUUCGACGCUGAUAUCCAAAACCCGCUUCACACUCCGCCUCCUCGGGCUGGUCGGUCUGUGGAAAUGGGGCUCCUCUACGUAUAAGUCGCCCCCAACAGACCCCGUGCUGCGUGGGCUUUCGUAUAUAGAGGUGCCUCUGUUGGUCAUUUAUCAGGCCCUCGAGAACGUCACAUAUCUUGCCGCGAACGGGGUGACCGGCCAAGCACUCAUAAAGCGAACGGGCGGCGCUACAAAUUGGACUCUGUGGAGCAUACGAGCGUGGUUCUCGUACGUUCUGCUCCAGUUCGUGCGACUUGCGCGUGAAUCGCAGUUGUUCAACCAGCGAGAAGAGGAGAGGAAGAAGCGCCGAGCCGAACAACAAAUAUUGACCGGUGGCGAAAAGUCGCAAGCCGAAGAUGCACAGAUAGAAGAAGCAGCGCGACAGGCAGAAAUCCGCGACUGGAGAAAGAGACUCGUUAGCAACGCCGCUUGGGCUCCGCUCUGUGCUCACUGGAGUUUUGAGAAUGGCAUCGGUGUCCCUUCUAGUCUGACCGGGUUUAUCAGUUUGUUGGCAGGUUUGUGGGCGACGUACGACGCUUGGGAAGCUACUGCUCCGUAG